CAGGCAUCAGCAGGCAUGAACCUGUUAGUACAGGUCGAACCUGCGUGUGGUGAUAUACGGAAAGUGAUUUGGUGAUAGCAAUUUAUUUUCUCUUAAAUAACCCUAACUCCGUAUACAGAAUCGAUAUAGCUAGGCUUUCAGUUCGCGACACAAGUGCGAAAAGAAAACGACGGAACAAAUAGAUAGGAUACAUACAUUGUCGGUAUUCAACAAUUCAAAUAUCUUGAAGUUUUUAAAACGUCUUACUCUUGUAGACAUAAUAGUAAAAUGGAACAACCGUGCGAGGAUGACAAUGAUUGUGGACCUAAUUUUUACUGCUACAGAACUUCCAAACUCUGCGUAAAUUUUACCCUUUGCUCGCGAUAUUACCGUGCAGAGGGUACGGCACCGGCUCGUGAUGAAACACAAUGCGGACCUUGUAUUGUAGGAUUCAGAUCUGAAAUACUUACAGACGGUAAAGAAAGUCCAUGUCGAAAAACAGGAGAACACUAUCAGGGACCUGUGACAACGCAAGUAUCUGUGAUAAUUGCAUUGUUUUCAUUCUUAUUCUUUGGUUUUGUCCUUUGGUCAUUCUACAUGCACUAUAGAAAAUGGUGCAGAAACAUCAUAUGUAAAUUCAACUGUUUUGGAAGAAAUAUAGCAAAUACUGAUGCUGCAACUACUAACGCAACAAAUUCCAAUAAUGAUCCAUUAACCAUUGCCACUGCUCCGCUGGAAGAGCAGACUCCAUUCAUUAUUGACGACGUGUGUCGUGUACACGAUAAGAACGUACGGACAACAUACAAUGAAUAUCAAAAUGCCACACCAUGUGUACCACCGGCAUGGGUCAAUGCAAAUUCAUUGUAUAAUAACGGUCACGCAAAUGUUCCUAACGAAGAAAAUGUCGCAGCUCAACCACAAAACGAUAUUUCUACUAAUUGGUCUAUAAUACCACGGCCUAUGGUUGAACCGCCAGACGAAAUUAAUACCGAUACCGAACAGCGAGAUAAUACCAUGAAUAUAAACAUAUUCAAUACAAUGCAACGGACUCAUUCAGAUAGCCACACAGAUUUCACUGCUGAAUCGAACAAUAAUAGCGACGACAAGAAAAAGAAAAAUGAAGCAAGAGAGACAACAAUUAAUGUCAAUCAGUCACUCCAACUGAUAACGAAUAUAAAAGUAAAAACGUAAAUGAAUAUAAA